UUUGAAACGUCAUCUUCCCGCGACACGUCUGUUCUGGCAAGGGGACAAGAAGAAGAGCGACAUGUGAAUAUAUCAGCUGUUCCUGGCCCGAGUAUUGGUUCAAAGUAAAACAACACAAAGUGGAAAUAUGUCUUUGUUUAUUUCACGCGGCCUGUGCCGGGUUUUAUCCCGACAGACUGCUCCGUCGAGCAUCCUUUUAGGAGAACAUCGACAUGUUGUACAGAGUCCUUGGUUUGCACCAGUUAUGACACUGAAGACAUCAGCUCCACUGAGAGCGGAACCGAAAAAGAAGAAGAAAGUGGACCCAAGAAGGGAGCAGUUGUUUAGAGAGCGUCUGAAAAAGAAGCUGAAGAAGAUGGAGAAGAUUCCAGCUGAAUUCAUACCGAUAGAGGACUACUCCACGCCGACCAAAUGCUUGGACGAAACAAGGGUACGCACUGCUCCAAAGCUGUCCUUUGAAGAAACGGAGCGUCGAGCCUUGCUACUUAAGGAGUGGUCUCGCUACAAAAAGGAGCAGCACGAGGCUGAAAUGGAGGCUAUUGAAGACGCUUUGAAGGCACAGACGGAGGCGUUAAAUGAGCUGAAGUUGGAGUCAGAGGAGCUGUACCGGGCUGCGCUGGAGCCAGACCCACUUCUCCUUCCCUUCACUCGAGAAGGACCUACCUAUACACCACCAAUCCCUGAAUACGAAGCUCCUGAUGGGAAAUACACCGACAUCACCAGAAUCUACGUACAGUGACGGACAGGGAACGGCUGUAGGUGUUGCCUCUUCGUGUGUGUCUUGUUGGUGCAUAAUUCAGCCAAGAUACAGCCCUUAAAUGGUCAGGAGGUGGAGGUGUUAAGGACUUUUUGUUUCCCUGAACCGACAUCCGUUGUAUGUGGCUUGCAGUCUUCUCAGUUCUUGUUCCAACACUCACACAAACCAUGUAUGAAAUUGUUUUCCACAUUCACACCUAUGUAUAAAAUGACGAAAACUGAAAAUAAAAAUGUUUUUUU